AGACAAUGUUUCCAAAGGUGGAACAAUUACUGGAGAAAGAAAGAAAAAACCACGUGAUCAAUUUAAUGUUGCAGGUUUCCCUUGACAACCCGCCAAAAAAAAAAAAGCGUCUCGAAACUCCCAUAUUUUUGAGUAACCAUGGGGCGACUUCAAGAUAAGCAGUAUAGCAAAUCGCGGCAUUCCAAAACGAAUGAGAGAGAUGAACAAAAGAACCAACAAGGACGUAGUAAACUUCAGGCUAUUUUUUGUCCGCCACUCGAUCCGUCUCUUAUUGCGGCCAUUUGGAGUGAUACCCACAACUACGAGCAAUCCUUCCACAUAUUGAGUGAAUUGGCGAAACAAACCGAAGAUUCGGUGGAUCCCGAACAGAAAGCCUUGGAACAGUUGCAGCUAGACGAAACACCGACGGGCGACCCCAACUGCCAUGACGACCACGACGAUGAUGAGGACGACGACGAAAACGGCUACACGACACCGUCAAGCACUGAUAAACAGGAAAUAGGAGAUGGUGUGGAAUUUUUGAUGCGAUGUUUUCCUGAUCAUGAUCGAGUCGAUUUGGUCGAAGCUCUGGAGCUACAAGAUGGUGACGUUGAAAAAGCUACCGAUUUAUUAUUAAACCGCGUGUUUCUGGACAAUGAAAAUGAGGAAAAUUCCGCCUCGGAUAAAGAGAUCUCGAUGCCUGAUACAAAAGACAAGACGCCGAUCAAAAAAGUCAAAGCUCGAAAACCUAAAAAAGUGGUAUGGUCAUCGGGAGCGUUGCCCUCAUCCAGCAGUCAGGUGCCAACCGAUGCGGAGAACGGGUAUCACAUGGCAACGUUGCCAUUCAAUUACUGGCAUCAGUAUGACAAACAGAUCGACAAGAUUCAAAAAGUAUUCCCAAAGAUGGCUCACACCACCGUGUUGCGAUGUGUUCAACGUUGUCGUGGUGAUGUGGUAGCCGCCAUUGUUAUGCUGAUGGAGAAGGAACCGGGGAUGAAUCCUGUGUUGGCGUUUGAAGCGUGGCGAGAUAUUCGGACCUUGGAGAAAGUGCAGCAAGGCAUACAGACGAUUCUCGUCGAUCGACCGGCCGAUCUGAUUCGACGGGUAGCGGUGGGCGUGAUGGUGGAUACCGGAAAUAGUGAGAUUGCCGUGGAUACAUUGGUGCAGGAAGGCAUUGAUUUUAUUUUGACGUAUGAUCAACGACAAAAGGCGCUGAUGAAACGCCGAGAACAGAUGAUGAUGACUCAAACUUCGCUACCACGGACGAUACCUCAGGCAAAUGAUAUGCCUGUUAUACCCGAAUAUUUGUUGCUGGACAACCGCGGCCUUUUUGCAGAAGAUGAUCCUGAAUUGUGCCGCGAUAUUGCUUGGGAACUGAUUAUGCAACGGAAUGAACUGUACCGCAAGGCGGCGGCGUCCUAUCAACGGGCGAAAAAUAAAAGAUCCGGUGAAAGUGGUGUGGCCUUUUUCUAUUCGCAAGAGGCAAGAGAAUGCGAUGAAAAAGCCAAACACUGGAACAUGCGAGCUGCAAGAUCUUUUGUACGGCAAGAAAGACUACGGAAAAAUGAUGAUCAUUUACUGGAUCUUCACGGUUUAACGGUGGCUGAAGCGCAAGUGCUUAUUAAAGAAGGAGUAUCCCAAUGGUGGUCGCGAAGUCAAAUGCAAGCAGCUCGCAGAGCGAUACAGCCUCUGAGGAUUAUUACGGGCGUCGGAAAUCAUUCAAGUCAACAUCGGUCCCGUUUGUUUCCAAGUGCUCUAAAGUUUCUGAAAAAAGAAGGAUGGCGAACAGAACUUCCAUCUCCUGGUUGCAUUUUGGUAAAAGGGCCAAUGAAAUAAAAGCAGAGGCCCAAAGACACCGUGUAUGAUUAUGGUUCUUUUUAGAUUUCCCACAUCUUUUUUUUUUUUUUUUUCAUUCAUUCUUUCUAGUUACUGCAGGCAUAAACAAAGCAUCUGCUAAAA